AUGUUGGUUCAUCCAGAUAAAGCUACUAUUAUAACGCAGGCUGCAUGUGUUCUUCAUAAUAUAAUUAUGGAUAAAGAAAGUACUUUAGCUGAUAUUCAUAAUGAAAUAAAAAAUACUACUUUGCAAGCAUACCAAGAUGAUAUCGACCAACCUACAAAUCGUAGACCAACACGAGAAGCUAUCGAGAUUCGUGACAAAUUCAUGAUAUAUUUCAAUUCAAAAGCAGGAUCUGUUCCAUGGCAAAAUACAUAUAUUGUUUAA